AUGCUUCGAGCCCAGGAGUCCCUGAGGUUCGAGAAGUCCCUGGAGCUGGCUGCUCGCAACCUGAGGCGCAGCGCAGAGUCGUCAGUGCCGCACUCAACUAGCGCCUCUUCCGCAUCGACGGUCGCCUCCAUCACCAUGCCACGGAAACUGGCCGGUUGUCGGGUGCCCACCGUGUCAAGCACCUCUCCAGGCAAGAGGGAAGGCAGGACUGGCAAAAAGUCGGUGACCUUUGCGGAAAAGGUGGCCACCUCGACGGGCCGAAAGUCGGAAACGACGUCAGGAAGGACGAUGCGGGUCUCGCAACAGAUACAGCACAAUCGGCCUGAGACUACUACCCAGUCGCCUACACGAGAAGGUCACUUUGAGGCUUCUCAAGUGAAUGGGCCACUGUCCCGAGUGUCCGAUUGUGAGUGUCGAAAAAUUGUUUUACCGUUUUACGGUUGCUGA